AAUAUAGCAUUUCUUUUCUUUCUAUGUUUAAUCAAUAGCAUCAGUGUAGUUUUUGUUGUGCCUGAUUUGCGUCAAAUGUUAAAUGUUUCAAUAAAUUAAAAAUCUUUUGUUGGCAAUUCUAGUAGAUAGUUUUUUUUUCUUUUUUCACAAUUUUGGAUGUAACAGUAGGGAAAAAUACAUUCACAUAUAACUUUCGUAAAGUACUGUUAAGAUAAAUUGUGAGGAAUGUUUUGUUUUUUUUUGGUAACGUUUUAAUAAACAUCAACUUCUCUGAUUGUUCAAGUGAUUCUGAAUUUAAAAUAAUUUUGUGAUAGUGGACAUUUAAAAAAAACUAAGUAUAUUACUAAAUGUCUGAGUAACGUUCUAUCACUUUGCAUUUCGGUCUAUUUGUAGUCUCCCCAGGCUCCUUUUGUCAUUAGUUUACCUGGAGCACAUGAACGCACCACUUCUAAUAGCUUCAGUUAUUUUAUGGAACGGCUCCUCCUGGCGGACGCAUCGUAAAUUACAAAAGGCACAAACGUUUUUCCCUCUGUUUACUCGACUUGCUACCCUCUAUUAGCUUGGAUACGCCAUGAGCGAAAGAGAACUUGUUGUUGUUACAGGGUUUGGACCGUUCAGACAGUUCUUGGUGAACCCCAGCUGGAUAACAGCCCAGGGAUUAAAGUUGGCCGGGAUGGGACGGCACAUCGAUGUUUACAUCAAGGAGCUGCCAGUUAGCUACAGUUCAACCCAGAGGAUUAUUGCUGAGCUUUGGCAGACCCUUAGACCGAAGUUUGCUGUUCACCUGGGCAUAGCCAGAGGUUCCAGUCUUGUCAUUUUGGAGCAAACCGGUAAGAACAGCGGGUACAGCACCCGAGACGUUUGCAGCUUCUGUCCCACAGAUCACCGCUGCAUCGAAGGUGGCCCAGAGAAACUGGACUCUGUUGUUAAUAUGAGGGCCAUCUCCAAGCACUUUAAGCAAGCAGGGAUGGAUGUGGUUCAUUCUAGAGAUGCUGGCAGAUACUUGUGUGAUUUUGCUUAUUACUGCUCACUGUAUCAUGGUGAGAGGAGAGCAGCUUUCAUCCAUAUACCCUCAUCUGGCAGCUUAUCCUCGGCUGGCAGACUGGUACCUCUUUUGCAGGAAAUAAUUGUCAUGAUGCUUGAUCAGCUGGAAGAAGUCAAAUGUCAUUCGGAAACAUAGGUAGGUUUUCACUCGGCAUGCCUUGAACUUCACUAUUGUCACGUUACAACUAUACUGUGGGGUAAUUCACUGAGGUUUGAAAUGAAAGGUUAACAAAAAAAAAAAAUCUGUGAACUUUAUUACUGAAAUUUCACCACAGUAUUGAUUUAAUUAAGCUCGGGGCCAUUUAAGGGAGACUUCUCACUACAUGAAUAUGCUUUGAUCUAAACUCGUAUCUUUUUAGCUCAGUCUCAAGUAUUUUACAUCCACCUUUAGGUUUUCUUCCAAGAUUGUCCUGUACGUAGAAAAAUUAAACAAACAAGCAUAGUUCUCAUUUACUUAUUUAUUCAAAAUUUCGGAAAAAGGUAAAAUACAAGAAAUUCUCUUAUACACAUUUUUGAGACGGCUUGUCAAAAAUACACCAUCUCAGCUAUAAGUGUGAAAAACAACUUUGAGGCCUCAGAUACAGAGCUUGAAAAGAAGACAGAGACUAGAGAAAACAGUUUGAUUAUUCUUCCCCUGUCAAGUUAUGAACACACAGAAUUUAAUAAGUGUAGUAGCAGUAGAAGACCAAGGCCCCUCCGAAGGUUUUAGGAAUGCAGAUGAAAUAAAACAAAAACAGACAUGAGUGAAUCGAUACACCUCAAACCUAAUUAUUGCAGGAGACUGCUGUGAUGCCUUCUCCAUAAACCUGACAUUUUUUUUAUGAAAAUAUUGAAAGAAUGUGAGUAUGAUUAUGCUUACAGUCUACAGUAAAUUAAAGAGCGACUUGUGAAACUUUAAAUUAUCUUUUUCUAACUACGCUGUUCACUUGUUACCUGAACUACCCGUAAUUUAUGCAACAUCCCUGUCCUGGCUCUGUCCAUGUUGGAAAUGCUGCACAUUUGACAGGUUUGGGAUCUAAUAGUAACUGGUAGCUCAUCCCUUAGCAGGUCAGUGACUGCUAAGAACUGAAAAACAAAAAAAUAUAUAUAUUUAACGAUUUCUGGACAAACAUAAACACACAGAUAUGUUAACGUCUUGAACUUUUUUGCUUGUCAGUGGUGGUUUCUGUAAAGAAAUUCAGCAGCAACUUGGCUCUUUAAAAAACAUGAAAAGAUUGUUCAGUUGCAUGAUUAAGAGGACUGAGCACCAAACUUUUACAUUAAAAGUUACCUUGUGGGUAACUUCUAAUUUGAAAAAAAAGGAAAAGAAAAAAAAAAAAAAACUUUCCUCCAAGUCCAUCAAUAUGCCAAUGGCCAUGAGUAAAACGUGCAGCUGAGGCUUUGAAAGAGGUUUUGAGGUGUUGGAGCUGCUUCGCUUCCUUGUACAGAUAACAUUUUUGGUGAUGCUGUAAGAUCCACUGUGGUGACUAAACUGGCAGCACUAAAAGUGGUGUGUGUGUAUGUAUAGAUACAGUGGAAACACAACCCCUGUUAAGAUGCCUGCUUAUAUGUACAAAGUGAAAUCAUGAUAAACCAUGUCAGAACGUUUUCCUCCUUUAAUGUACCACAAACUUGGAAAAACAAACCAAAAAUCUUUGAGAGAAGAGCACAAAAGAGUUUCCAGGGUUUUAGAUAUUCCACGCAGCACAGUUCAAAGAGUCAACAUCAGGUUGAGAAAUUGGGGCGUAACAAUGACAUUACCAGAAACUGGACAACAUGCGAAGUUAGCGGAAAGACGAGAAGAAAACUGGUCAGGAAGUCUGGCAAGUUCUGACUGUGUAGCAUGUGAGAUGACGGUCUCCUGUGUUCUUUACGUGUCUAGGAUAUGGAGUAGAGAGACAAACUGGAAUCCAAUCCGAUUUAGCAAAAACACAUUUGACAUUUCCCAAACCCAUGACAUGAAAAUGUGUUGCAGCUCAACAAAACCAGUGUUUAAUUUUUUUUUUGGGGGGGCUAUCUAUUUCCAAAGGUGUUGAGAACAAACAAGGCACCUUAGUAAAAA